AUGGUAAUCUUGAAAUUCCUAAGACCAGCUGGACCAGAAUUUAUGACCGUACAUCUUCACUUUCAGGGUCGCAGGGAAAUCGCACAAAUGCUUCAAAAAUGGGGACAGGCGGAUCGUGCCCAGUUUGGUCAACAUGCUUGUCUGUGGAAAGCUUCAAGCGCACCCGGAGUAUUUCGAACCGCCAUGAUGCUGAAGAUAGUCUUACCGCCUACUACAGCACCUACAGCUUUCCAUCCUGAUGCGUAUCUUCCGUCUUACAUCAACGGUCCCAGUGAUGAUGGAGCAUACUUUUAUCCCUACCGAAGAACCGAGCCUGGUUUGCCUCACAUGAGCGUAAUCGGUAACGUACCUAUUCAUGUCGACGAGAAGGGCGGGUUCGAACAAGUGCAGAUUUGA